AUGGACUUCUAUGCGCCCCGUGCUCGCACUCACAACGAAGAGGAGUACCAGGAGUUGUUGAAACAAGUGCAAUCCCUCCAGAAUAAGCUCUCGGCGAAGACGGAAACGCUGCUGAGGCUGGGAAAUGAUUUGGAGACACGGGAAAAGGAAAGAGACCAAUGGAGGGCAAAAGCCGAGAAUUACGAGAGAAAUUUGGAGCGCAGCGAGCGACAGAUCACGCAGUUGACACAGGGAAUCCGAGACACGGCUUUAAAAGAUUUGGAGGAGUCGAGAGCCCUGGCAAAACGUUUGGAAAUUGAGAACGAGCAUCUAAAGCGUCAAAAUGACGAUCUGAAAGCGGAAAUCAGAGAUUUGCAAAAAGAUUGCAAAACAUUUCGACAACAAUUGGCUAGGGUCGAGGUGGAGAGGAUCGAGGAGCGGAGAGGAGGCGGCCAGAACGACGCGAAUCCACAGAUGAGGACGAAAUCCCGAAGCAGCUCGGACCAUUUGCCGUGUGACGGGGAGACGAUUGCGAGACUGGAGAAGCUGAUCGCUGAGAAUAAACAACUCGAAGCGGACAUGUCGAGUCUGUUGGGCACAAAGGAGGAGCUCGUCCUGGAAAGAGAGGCGAUGGCGAAGAAAAUCGAGCGACUUUCCGCCGAGUUGACCUAUUUGCUGAAUGGUGAUCCGAGACGGAUGGUCGAAGAUUUGGAUAGUUUAAUGGCUGAGAAUCGGUACCUAAAGGCGCAGCUCGAUUCGGCGAAUGAGGAGAGUCAGACAAUCAAGGAGACACUCGAGAAGUACAGGACCGUAGCCGAACAUGUGCAUGCCAGGAAGCAGGCUGAGCUUUCUCCUUCUGUGAAAGAAUCGAAAGACGAGGAGAAGAGCACAGUGGCCGUAGUGAAUAUGAAACAAAUCCGCGAACUGCUCACAUCGCACUCGAUCGAGCUGGACGAGGGCGACUACCGAGCGAUGUCGAAUAUCCUGCUCGACGUGUGCAACGAUAAGCAAAUGGCGUUAGCGCAUCAACGACGCGCGAACAAAAUUCUCGGCAAUCGAUUGCACGAGGUGGAGCAGAAAUUGCAAACACUUGAGCUACGUGGGGACAAAUCGCCGAGAAGUGUCAGUCCACGGCUG